GGGAUAGCUGACGCAAUUGCUACCGAGGUUCAGCAGCAUUUCAAUUAUUGCGCGCAUUCGAAUCAUUCUUCAAGCUAAAAGAAUUAUUUACGAGAAUUCGAUAGCGCAACUUACGCGUUAGGGGGGAAUAAUAGUAAUUUUAUUUUUAACUAAUAAAUUUCAUUGAUUUGCUCAACAAUGAAUAAACGCGUCCUCAAUAAACAAAUCAACAAGCCGUUGCACUCAAAUGCAAUUCUGCAUUCAAAGAGUAACGGUCCCUCCAAAGCCACCAAAGUAUCCCAAAGUCCAUUUUCAACAAAAGUGGACAAUGCAAGUAACGUUAUCGAUUACAAGAGCAUUCCUCUCUCUAUGCGAGGGGAAAUAAGCUCAGGUCUCAUACACAGAAACAGUUUAAAGCAGAAAAAACAUGAUAUUUCUUCUGUUGAGACCAUGGAAGAUGAAGAGGACGACGACGAAGAAUUCUUUUCAAAUUUGAAGAAGAAGAUCGAUCAGAAUCGCAAACUGCAGAACAAUGAAAGUUACAACAUAACAAAUUUGCAAAGCAAAUCGUACUUGGCGAAGAAACGGAGGGGUGCGUUUAGCGAGGAAGACGAGAAUUUAAUAAAGCGAUUCAAGAGAUCGGUAAAUGAAAGCAAGGCUGUGUGCGUAACUCCGCAGAAGAUGCAGCCUCAAAGUGUUGCUUCCAACGACGAAACGGUGACGACGAACACGCCGCAGAUUACUCUGGCUGUUUCACCUAAUAAUAUUGAUACAAAUUUCGGAAGCGACACGAAUCAAAAUGUAACUUCGAUGACGGAGAGAAGCAAUCCACUGAUGACAACGGAAGCUGUAACAAGCUUUGUGCAAACCGUGGUAGAGAUCGAACAAUCGGUACAUUUUGAGAUGCAGCGUUUCACGCCGCCCGAGGGAAUUUUUAACUAAUUAAAAUAACUUAAUUAUGAUAGUUUACAUACUGUUUACUGAUAAUUUAUUAUUACGUUAAAACUACUUAAGUUAUAACUUUAUUAUAGAGUUCCAUUGUUUGUUAAAUAGACUUGUGUUUCCCUAUCUUUCCAAAGUUUUAUCAAAUUUGGAUUUUGUUCGAGGUACAAUACAUGGAUUAAGCUGA